AUGUCUUUUUCUGUUACAGCAGCGUACGGUAUUGAUCUCAGUGACAUUGAUGAUGACGAACUAGAUAGGGAGUACUUCCUUAAACCACGAGAAGUGAUGGUGAAGGCCACCCUUUGGAUGAAAGAUAACAGUGCCUUCCUUGAAGAACAAAGACGUAAGAGAGCAGAACGUCAACGACUGAAAGAAGAACAAGCAAGAAAACCUAAAAAGCCACGUCGCAAUCAACGCAAGAUAUACCAUCAUCAACGCCGUAUGCCGUGGCACACUGCAAGCAAGAAUGACGACCGUGACGACGACGAUGAUGAGAUCCAAACACAUCGCGUUUCCAAAAAGAUCAACUAUGCUGCAUUAGACGCUAUUAUCGGUGCAGGUCCCUCAGCAACAGCUCCUUCUUCCCCCACCGCUUCGACACCCCUCUCACUUGAAGAUGAGAACAGCAAUUCCACAAGUGGACCUCCUGUUCGCAACCCCAUUUUAGAGAGGUCUAUUGCUGCUACUGCGGGUGUUCAAAAGGGAAAGGUGGAAGCUAUUGCUGGUGUUUCCAAAACUAAAGGGGAACUAUCCACCUCCGUUUCCUCUCCUGCGCUCCUGGAAAAGCUUCCAGAGGAAAUUGAAGAUGAAGAGCCCUUGGAAGCUAUGGAAGAAUAUGAAGAUGAGGAGUACGAAGAGGAGAUUGAUUGGACAGAAGGUAAUGAUUUGUGGUGA